CCAUCCUUGACAGUGCGUAGCCGUUUGUCGACCAAGACGACUCCUUCGGUCUCCGAUGGAGCUUCGCCCGUCGAGCCAUUGCUCCCCCGUCGGCGCUCCUCGCUGCUUUCCUUCUCGAGCUUGGAUGACACGCGACACACAGCGGGCGACUUUAUUCGACCCAGCCUAGGCCUCGACGAUGACAAUACCAUUAUCCUCGAGGAUCCAUCCCACUGGCACAGCUCGCCGCUUGCUUUCGCCGUCCUGCCCGCCCUGGCUGGCCUCUUCUUCACCAAUGGAAGUGCUUUCGUCACAGACAUCUGUCUGCUCGGUCUGGCUGCUCUGUUUCUCAAUUGGAGUGUCAGAUUGCCAUGGGAUUGGUACCGCUCAGCCCAAGCUCAAGUCUCGCUCGACCAGCUAAACAGCCCUUCAUUGCUACCACAAGACUUGGACGAACAUGAUCAACAACGCCGCUCACCCGACAAUCCACACAUCAGUGAAGAGCAGGAAGAUGCCGCUGCCAACCUCCGUCAACACGAGCUUCUCGCUUUGGUCUCCACCUUCCUGUUCCCUGCAUUGGCCGCCUACCUGCUCCAUGUCAUUCGUGGCCAGCUCUCGCGUCCCUCGGAAGGUUUGGUGUCAGACUACAACUUGACUAUCUUUCUCUUGGCUGCGGAGAUACGUCCCGUCAGACAACUGAUUCGACUCUUCACCAAUCGUACUAUUCAUCUACAACGUGUCGUUCGCGGCGGUCUCGACCCUGCUGCACUUAGUAAAAAGGACAAGGCCAUCACAGAUCUCGCUUCACGCUUGGUCCUCCUUGAAGACAAGUUCGGCGACCAGCUGUCAUCUCCCGGUGUUUCGAUUGUUCAAAAGGAUGAAGUCACCGCUCUCUCAAGCGACAUUAGGAAGCGUUACGAACCUCGUCUUGAGGCAUUGGAGCGCGCUGUCAGGAGAUAUGAGAAGCGAGCCACGACUCUGACUUUGCUUACCGAACAAAGAUUGCAGUCCUUGGAAAAUCGCUUACAGGAUGCUCUGAGCUUAGCCGCUGUUGCUGCUCAGUCGUCGAGUAAGCCUGGA